UUUUUUUUGAAAAAAUUCUUUCUUAUUCAAACAAUGACUGAAGUCAACAAUGCUUCUUUAGAUGUAGGUUCUGUUGAAGAACCUCUUGAUCUUGUGAGACUUUCUUUAGACGAACGCAUCUAUGUUAAAUUGAGAGGAGAUCGUGAAUUACGUGGUAAUUUACAUGCUUAUGAUGGCCACUUGAACAUGGUAUUGGGUGAAGUAGAAGAGACUAUUACUAUUGUUGAAAUCAUUGAAGAUGCUCAAGAACAAGUGAUUAGAACUGUAAAAAGAAACUUUGAUAUGCUGUUUGUUCGUGGUGAUGGUGUUAUUCUAGUGUCACCUCCUUCAAAAAAUUAACUGUAAAAUAACGCGACAUGAAUAAAGACUACGCAGCAAAUCAAGACAUGAUUUAUGUUUGACUAUAGAAAAUAUCUGUUGAGUAGAACAUAGCUACAGCGUUUUGUUUCUAAUGAUGAAAGAUGACAAGUAAUUUGCUUUGAUAAAAUAAAAAAUAAAAAAGAAAUGAGUGACUAUACCACUUGUAACUUUAAUAAGGGAAAGUGUCUCUGUCUCUUUUUCA